GGAUGCAGACUUGUUCCUGCUAGACACAAGAAAGGCUCAAGCUUCUGAUGUGGGCUGGUUUGCAUUUGACAUUACCAUGACCAGCAAUCACUGGGUGAUUAAUCCAGAGAACAAUCUGGGCUUGCAACUCUGCGCUGAAACUGGGGACGGUCGAAGUAUCAAUGUUAAAUCUGCUGGCCUGAUUGGACGACAUGGGCCUCAGUCAAAGCAACCAUUCAUGGUUGCAUUCUUCAAGGCAAGCGAAGUGCUUUUCCGCUCUGUCCGAGCAGCCAACAAUAAGAGGAAAAACCAGAACCGCAAUAAAUCCAGUAGCCAUCAGGAGUCAUCUAGGAUGCCAAGUGUUGCGGAUUAUAACACAAGUGAGCAAAAGCAAGCAUGUAAGAAACAUGAACUUUACGUGAGUUUCCGAGACUUAGGAUGGCAGGAUUGGAUUAUUGCGCCAGAGGGCUACGCUGCGUUUUACUGUGACGGAGAAUGUUCCUUCCCCCUCAAUGCCCACAUGAACGCAACAAACCACGCCAUUGUUCAGACUCUGGUUCACUUGAUGUUCCCUGAUCAUGUACCAAAGCCAUGCUGUGCACCAACAAAACUGAACGCAAUCUCCGUGCUCUACUUUGAUGACAGUUCCAAUGUUAUUUUAAAAAAAUACAGAAAUAUGGUGGUGCGUUCAUGUGGCUGCCACUAGAAUAAAAAAAAAUAAUCUAAAGCAGAGGGUUUUAUUCAGAGUUGUAAUAAAGUCAAGAUAUGAGACUUGCUGAUGAAAAGGCAGUCCUAAAUUUAUUCCAUUUCAUGUCAUCUCUCAUUUAAAUGUACAGUAUAAUGUAUAUAGUAGCUUUUAUUUAUUUUAAAGUAUAUAGUUUCUUUUGUAUGAGAACCAUUUAUUUUAUGGGUCACUUCACUAUGCAGUAGAAUUUCACAAGCUAAUUGACCAUACUGGAAUCUAUUUCAUUCCAUUUCAAUAUUUUAAAGUAAAGCCUUUGUGUAGAUUUUUUUUAAAGCUAGAAACUCCAGAACUUCUGUGACUGCUUCAUAUUGUUAAAGGAACUAAAAUACAUUUGGUCGUAUUGUGCCAAUGAAAACUGUGGCGGGAUAUUUAUUUAGAAAAAGGCACAGAAAAAAAAAAAACGCUAAACAAAACCGCUUG